UUUUCUAUCCGAGACACAGCAGCGCACGCCCGUUCACCCUACGCGCGGCUCCGCAGGAGAGCGAAAAUGGCGACACUCUCCAUGGUCUCCGUCCCCAUCGCAUCCUCCUCCCUUCCCCUCUCCACCCGGGGCCGCAGCUCCUCCGUCUCCUUCCCCGUUCCUAAGAAGGGAGGGAUUGGUCACGGUGGCCUGCGGAUCGAGUGCAUCCGUAUUGGUGGUGUUGAGAUUCCAAACCACAAGAGGGUGGAGUACUCGCUGCAGUACAUCCAUGGCAUUGGGCGGUCACGCUCCCGUCAGAUCCUUUUGGACCUCAAUUUCGACAACAAGAUCACCAAGGACCUCUCUGAGGAGGAGGUCAUCACCCUCCGUAAGGAGGUCGGCAAGUACAUGAUUGAGGGAGACCUUAAACGUUUCAACCGUGUGGCGAUUGAGAGGUUGAAGGAGAUUAGGUGCUACAGGGGCAUCCGGCACAAGCUGGGGCUACCAGUUCGUGGCCAGAGGACAAAGAACAACUGCCGGACACUCAAGGGAAAGAGGGCUUCAGUUGCCAAGAAGAAGUCACCCUCCUCCCAGGAGGAAUAAGUCGCGUUACCAUGUAUUUAAUCUGUUUGGUUUUUUGUGUAACAUCACUACUGCUGGGUGUUCCGUUUCGAGCUUUGAUGCUGUCAUAGACGAAUCAUGGGGAUAUGAUCAGGUGUUGCAAAUUCUAUAGCUGUGAAAUAGCUGAUUUGAGACAAUGCUAAACGAAGGUUACUUCUUGUUUUGUCA